UCCCAAACUCAGACACAGAAACGGAGAGAAAGUAAUCCUCUAAUCCAUGGCGUCGUGUCGUUUACAUUUCUCUCUACACUGUCCCUCCCAAUCCCAAACUCCACGUCUCUCUUCCCGAAACCCUACCUCCCCUCCCCUACUUAAUCUCAUUCCCUCCUCCUCUAAUCCCCAAAAGGUCUCUUAUUCCGGUACGCGACGCCGGAGAUCACUUACCGUGAAGGCCCACAUGACCACCCAGGAGAAGGCGGUUUCCGGCGACCGAAUGCUGGUCUUUGUGCCGCCGCACCCGUUGAUUAAGCAUUGGGUUUCAGUCCUGAGAAAUGAGCAGACCCCUUGCCCCAUUUUCAAAAAUGCCAUGGCUGAGUUGGGGAGACUUCUUAUUUAUGAAGCUUCAAGAGAUUGGUUGCCUACGGUCACUGGAGAAAUUCAAUCACCAAUGGGUGUUGCAUCAGUUGAAUUCAUAGAUCCAAGGGAGCCUGUGGCGGUCGUUCCAAUACUGAGAGCUGGUCUAGCUCUUAUGGAACAUGCAUCAUCCGUCUUGCCAGCAACAAAAACGUACCAUCUUGGAAUGGCCCGAGACGAGGAAACACUUCUACCAACUAUAUAUCUUAACAAGCUACCUGCAAAAUUUCCUGAAGGAUCUCGAGUAUUUCUGUUUGAUCCGAUGCUAGCAACAGGUGGCACAAUAGUGGCCGCUGUGGACCUAUUGAAGGAGCAUGGGCUUGCUAACAAGCAAAUCAAAGUUAUAUCUGCUGUAGCUGCUCCUCCGGCCCUUCAAAAGCUGAGCGAGAAAUUUCCCGGGCUUCAUGUGUACACUGGGAUCAUUGAUCCUACUGUAAAUGAUAAAGGGUUUAUAAUCCCUGGUCUGGGUGAUGCUGGAGACCGUAGCUUUGGUACCUGAAGUCAGUCGUUAAGUAUUCGGCUCUCCAAUUUUUUAGCUUUGCUCUUGCAGUUUUGGGUUAUUGAGGGUUCUGAGAGUUAUGGUUCAAGCAUAAGGCAAAGUUAGUUCAUUUGCACAGUUUGGUAUUGAGAACUAUAGGAACCAAAGUCAAGUACCCUAUGGAUUUUAUAGUUCUUAUUCAUUUUUUUUUUCUCUGAACCUAAGCUCUGCAGGUUCGAACAAUGUUUGAUAGCAAUUAUCGUUUAUUAGCAAUUUGAAUUCAAAAUCUAA